UUUGCUCCUAGUGUCCGCAGCCCGGUGGUUACGCUGUGACAGAGGAAUCGGGCGCCGGAAGUAGCUAUCACACUGCGGGAACGUCGUGCAGUCGCUUCUCUCUCUCUGCUGGAGGAAAGAUGGCGGCCUCCUCGGCCUCGGGAAGCGGCCCCGGGUCCUCAGGACCUGGGAAUCCUGGAGGAGCUUCAGGAUUAACAGUUACCAUCACUGGCACCAUGAACAAGAAGAAGAAGCCGUUCCUGGGAAUGGCCGCACCGCUGGGAUACGUCCCGGGUCUGGGAAGAGGUGCCACAGGUUUUACUACCCGUUCUGAUAUUGGUCCAGCCCGUGAUGCCAAUGACCCAGUGGAUGACCGCCAUGCCCCACCAGGGAAGAGAACAGUGGGGGACCAAAUGAAGAAAAAUCAAGCAGAUGAUGAUGAUGAAGAUUUGAAUGACACUAAUUAUGAUGAGUUUAAUGGUUAUGCCGGAAGCUUGUUCUCCAGUGGCCCUUAUGAGAAGGAUGAUGAGGAAGCUGAUGCUAUAUAUGCUGCCCUUGACAAGAGAAUGGAUGAGAGGAGAAAGGAAAGAAGAGAGCAGCGAGAAAAAGAAGAAAUUGAGAAAUACCGUAUGGAGCGGCCCAAAAUCCAACAGCAAUUCUCUGAUUUAAAGAGGAAAUUAGCAGAAGUGACAGAGGAAGAGUGGUUGAGCAUCCCAGAGGUCGGCGAUGCUCGUAAUAAACGCCAGCGAAACCCUCGCCACGAAAAGUUGACCCCAGUCCCCGAUAGCUUCUUUGCAAAACAUUUACAGACUGGAGAGAGCCACACAUCUGUUGAUCCCCGGCAGACACAAUUUGGGGGUUUGAACACGCCUUUCCCUGGAGGACUGAACACCCCAUACCCAGGAGGAAUGACCCCGGGACUGAUGACACCUGGAUCUGGAGAUCUAGACAUGAGGAAGAUUGGACAGGCCAGAAACACACUGAUGGACAUGAGGUUGAGCCAGGUGUCUGACUCUGUGAGUGGACAGACAGUGGUUGAUCCAAAAGGUUACCUAACAGAUCUGAAUUCCAUGAUCCCAACGCACGGAGGAGACAUCAAUGACAUUAAGAAAGCUCGUCUGCUGCUGAAAUCUGUGCGGGAAACUAACCCUCACCACCCACCGGCCUGGAUUGCCUCCGCUCGUCUGGAAGAGGUAACAGGCAAGCUGCAAGUAGCUCGGAACCUCAUUAUGAAAGGUACAGAGAUGUGUCCCAAGAGUGAAGAUGUGUGGCUAGAAGCAGCUCGUCUACAGCCGGGAGACACUGCGAAGGCUGUAGUGGCUCAAGCCAUUUGCCACCUCCCACAGUCUGUCCGUAUCUAUAUCCGAGCUGCAGAGUUGGAGACUGAUCUCAGAGCCAAAAAACGUGUCUUGCGGAAAGCCCUGGAGCAUGUUCCGAAUUCUGUACGUUUGUGGAAGGCCGCUGUAGAGCUAGAGGAACCAGAGGAUGCUCGGAUCAUGUUGAGUCGAGCAGUGGAGUGCUGUCCCACCAGCGUGGAGUUGUGGCUGGCCCUGGCCAGGCUUGAAACCUAUGAGAAUGCCCGCAAGGUCUUGAAUAAGGCUCGUGAGAACAUUCCCACUGACCGACACAUAUGGAUUACAGCUGCCAAAUUGGAAGAGGCAAAUGGGAAUACACAGAUGGUGGAAAAGAUCGUAGACAGAGCCAUUACAUCUCUCAGAGCCAAUGGGGUAGAAAUUAAUCGUGAGCAGUGGAUACAGGAUGCAGAAGAGUGUGAUAAAGCUGGCAGUGUAGUGACAUGCCAAGCUGUGAUCAGGGCAGUCAUUGGCAUUGGUAUAGAAGAGGAGGACCGGAAGCACACAUGGAUGGAGGAUGCAGACAGUUGCGUGUCUCACAGUGCCCUGGAGUGUGCACGUGCCAUCUAUGCCCAUGCCCUACAGGUUUUCCCUAGCAAGAAGAGCGUAUGGCUUAGAGCAGCCUAUUUUGAGAAGAAUCACGGCACAAGGGAGUCCCUGGAGACCCUUCUGCAGAGAGCCGUCGCCCACUGUCCUAAAGCUGAAGUUUUAUGGUUGAUGGGUGCAAAGUCCAAAUGGCUGGCGGGUGAUGUGCCGGCUGCUAGAAGUAUUCUCGCCUUGGCCUUCCAGGCUAACCCCAACAGUGAAGAGAUCUGGUUGGCGGCCGUGAAAUUGGAGUCUGAAAACAAUGAGUAUGAGAGAGCUCGAAGACUAUUGGCCAAGGCGAGGAGCAGUGCUCCUACUGCUAGGGUGUUCAUGAAAUCUGUGAAGCUGGAGUGGGUUUUGGGGAACAUUGAGGCUGCUCAGGAAUUAUGCGAAGAGGCCCUGCGCCACUAUGAGGAUUUUCCCAAACUCUGGAUGAUGAAGGGACAGAUAGAAGAACAGUGUGAGCUCGUAGAAUUGGCCAGAGAAGCAUAUAACCAAGGACUGAAGAAGUGCCCACAUUCCACUCCCUUGUGGCUGCUUCUCUCCAGAUUAGAGGAGAAAGUGGGGCAGCUGACCAGGGCACGAGCUAUCUUGGAGAAAUCUCGUCUGAAAAACCCAAAGACCCCCGAGCUUUGGUUGGAAUCUGUACGUCUGGAGUUCAGAGCUGGAUUAAAGAACAUUGCAAAUACCUUGAUGGCAAAGGCUUUGCAGGAAUGUCCAAAUUCAGGUAUCCUGUGGGCAGAAGCGAUUUUCCUAGAAGCGAGACCUCAGCGUAAGACCAAGAGUGUUGACGCCCUCAAGAAAUGUGAACAUGACCCACAUGUGCUUUUAGCGGUGGCCAAACUCUUCUGGAGCGAGCGAAAAAUUUCCAAGGCACGAGAUUGGUUUCACCGUACUGUGAAAAUUGAUUCCGAUCUUGGAGAUGCCUGGGCAACUUUUUACAAAUUUGAGCUACAGCAUGGCACAGAGGAGCAGCAGGAGGAGAUUCGGAAGCGAUGUGAGAAUGUGGAGCCACGCCAUGGAGAACUGUGGUGUGCAGUAUCCAAAGACAUCAAGAACUGGCAGAACAAAAUUGGGGAAAUUCUCAGUUUAGUGGCUUCAAAAAUCAAAAAUACGUUCUGAGCCUACUGUCAUACAUACUGCACAGAAUUCUCUCCAUUGUGCAGUGGAGCACCCUGGAUAAAUCCCUCUCCUCCCCCCAAUAUAUUUUAUUUUGCUAGUUUUGGGAGUGCAUCCCUCGCAUUUCAUAGGAUUAACUAUUGUCAAGAAUGGUGGUAGAGGGCAGUUAUUCCUUUUGGCUUGUGUCUCAGUGCCUAGGUGAUUUUUGGAUUUUCUGUGAAAAUUCUGCGAAAGGAAAUAUGCUGUGUACAGAGAUGGACAAUAAAGCUGCAGCGGCUGUAUGUGAGCUUAAUGUUCUCCAUAUUAUACAGCUGGUGGCCACAGGGGGGAGGUAAUGUCUGAUCAGAAACACAUUUUAGGUUAGUUAGGCUUGUCAUGUAAAGUUGCUGCAUUGUGUUAGCUAGGCAGACAUUACUCUCUUGCUCAUCAGAAUAUUAAAGUGUUACAUUUCCCAGAACCUGAAUCACACAACCAAAAAUAUUUUAACGUUUUAAGGAGCUUUCUAGGGCUUCCUGUCAUCCGUAUCUUGCUGUGUGUUAUGAGUAAAGUUGUUGUGUUUAUCAAUACAGGACUUUUUAUGUAACAUGUUUAUGCAUGUGAUGGUAUCUCUAGGAUCAAUGGAUACAUCAAUGAGAACGUUAUCUGCAGAUUUUCAUCUGGAAAUUGGAGAAAAUUACUAUUGGAAAUAUUUUAUUUCAGGGUGGGAACACAUGUAAAUAAUUCAUGAUUGUACUCCAAUGAGAAUUUUUUUUUUACUAUAUACAGUAUCUGUGCUGAAUAAACCUGAGUGAUCUGGUUCAGAAA